GGCAACUAGUCAUUGGAGGAGAGUUAGUUAGUCUGAAGAAGCCAAGGUUGUCUCACUCUCACAAGACCAUACAUAAUCCAAUCAAAGUCUUUGGUUACUACAAAUAGAGGCACUGAUAAAGCUGCAGAGGAUCUUGUCAGUACUGAUAAAUGUGCAGCCUAUUACAAGCAGACAUUUCAGUGCAUGACUGGAACUGAACAGAUGUAUCAUCAGCAACAAAUUCAGAGUGAAAACCAGCACCUGUCUUCACGGCCAGUUUUACCUCCGGAGAAGCAAUUUCUCCUGCAAGGAGGAACGGAUUCAUCAUCAGGGCUUGUCCUCUCAACCGACGCUAAACCUCGGCUCAAAUGGACGUCAGAGCUGCAUGAGCGUUUUGUCGAUGCAGUAACUCAGCUAGGAGGGCCGGACAAGGCUACGCCGAAAACAAUCAUGAGGCUCAUGGGAAUUCCUGGAUUAACCCUUUACCAUCUCAAGAGUCAUCUUCAGAAAUACCGACUUAGCAAGAAUCUUCAAUCUCAAGCCAAUGCUUCCCGUGCACAAGGUGUGUUAGGAUGUAGUGCGAUGGAGACAGAUAAACCAUGUGAAGGAAAUGGAUCACCAGCUAGUCACUUGGACCUAGAGAUGCAGACAAGCAGCAGUUCUGUGCACAUAAGCGAAGCCCUCCAGAUGCAAAUUGAGGUGCAGAGACGACUGCAUGAGCAACUAGAGGUACAAAGACACCUGCAGCUUCGGAUUGAAGCACAAGGCAAGUACCUGCAGUCAGUGCUGGAGAAGGCUCAGGAGGCACUCGGCACCAUCGGCGUAGCAGAAGCUGCUGCGAAUACCUCACCAUCAAAACGCCUCCAGAACGAGCACAGCCAUCGCCAUCAGCAACAGCAGCAGCAGCAGGUCGGCGAUGGAUCGGUGGACAGCUGCCUGACGGCCUGCGACUGCGAUGGCUCGCAUCACAGAGGAGGAGGAGGAAGAGGCGGCGAUCAGGACGUGCUGUCCAUUGGCCUGCCGCCGUUUGAGCCGGCAAGAUCAGGCAGGGACACGGAGCACUACCUGCUGUUUCCCGACGAGCCGAGCACACGACGACCAUGUUCAGAGGAACGGCGGCGAGAGAUCAGGAGAGACGGGUUCAACAGCGGCAGCAUCACGCUGCAGGCGUCGGAGCUGGACCUCAACAUCAACGACGGAAGCAGCAGCGGCAGGUAUCACUCUCACAGGCGCGAGAGGAUUGACUUGAACGGAUCAGGCUGGAACUGAUCGAUCGAGAAGAAGAAGAAGCAAGCAAGCAUGCAGUAGCAGCAAUAUAAUUGGGCACGUGAUAUGAUUCUUGCCUUGCUACGAGCACGAUGAGAUUAAGCCAAAGGUGGUGGUGCAUGCAUGCAUUGCCAUCAUGCUGUAUCCACUGUAUGAUCAAUAACGAAUGUGUCCUCUCUGAAUAUAUGUAAUCUAGUAGCAAAUGUAGAGAUUGAUCAUCAGGCAGUUUUUUAACGUAUGAUUUUGCCGUAACCUUGUAUUAUAUAGAUGAUGAUGUUUCUGUCAUAUACGUAUUACUAAA